AUGGAAAAACAUCUAAAAAUACAAGAAACCGUGAAAACAAGAAAAAUAAACAUACCAUCUCUGACUCUAAAAAAAUACAUCAAUUCAAAUAAACACGGUAAAGAAAGCUUUGAUAAGAGGGAGAAUUUAGAAACAGUUGAAGAUGGUUCAAAAGAACAUUCAUCAGAGGAAAUAUUUCAGAGUCUUAGACAUAAUCAAACUCAAAAUUUUACAACCAUGCUGAGUAAAAAAGAUAAUUCUAAAAUUAAAUCAUUACUGAAAAAUUUAAGUAAAUCCUCUUGUCAUAAAAAAUUAUUAAAUAGUAAAGAUGAAAAUAAAAUCGAUCUAAAUUCAAUGCAGCAAGAAACAGUCAUUAAAAAUUGGCAGAAACUGAAAAAUAUAAUCAAAUCAAUACUGAUUGAUAACUAUAAAUUAGAGGUGAAUCUUCUUCAAAAGUAUUAUUUAUUGAAAAAAGAUCUCUCUCAGACUAUAAAUGUUGCAAAACAGGAGUUCCGAAUUUUUAUUUCAAAACAAGAUCUUAGCAAAAAGAAAAUCUAUGAUGUUGAACGUUUAUAUAUUAAUCAGUUUAAAGAUCAAAUUAUUGAAAAAGUAUUUGCAUUCAAACAAAGUAUUCGAUCUGAAAUAGAUAAAUUUCAAUUAGAAUUAAAAUCUGCCACAAAUCAUACUAAAAAUCACCAUGAAAAAUCAACUGCAAUUUUAAAAGAAAUUAGUACUCUCAGGCCGUUUGAUUCAGUUUUUGAAAAUGAAACGAUCAUUGAUCAUGAAGUCAACGUGUCACCAUCAGUGAAAAUAAUAUCUGCUGAUCAUAUUGCUUCUUCAGAAAUACUAAAUGGUUCUUUAACUGGAACUAAUGAAUAUAUAAACCAUUUUGAUAAUUUGACAGAUUUCAAUUCAGUGCUUUACAAAAACUCUAAUAGAAUAACUAUUGAACAUGAUUCCAAAUCAUCAAAAAACACAAAGUUAAAUAGUGAGCUCGAUGGAAACAUGCAUAAAGUAAAUAAGUUUAUGGAUUCUUUAGCAGGUGGUAAAACUCCAUCUCUUAAGAUCGAUAUUUUUCCUAAAUUAAAUACUGCAUCAAAGAUAAAUAGUCCUGCUAUUUCUGCUUAUGAUCAACUUCCUGAAUUCUCAUCAAAAAAUAUUUUGAUUCCAUCUCGUGUUAGUACUAUAUCAAAAAAUGAACAACCAGAAUUAACACAACCAUCAUUUUCAAUUGUCGAUAACAGCGUACUAGUACAAUCAAAUUCUCAAGAUCCUACAGUAUUCUAUUCGCACGUAACUCAACAUCCACUUAAAAAUAUUAGGAUCGAAUUGCAAAAGAAUGAAACAUCAAAACCUGGUUCAAAGGCAGAAAUUGAAAAUGGUAUAGCUUUGUUGAAUGGUAAGACUGUACGUCAAAAUAAUGAUACAUUAUUGAUGGGCAAUAAAAAUCUGCAGCAAAGAAAUUUAACAGUGACUCAUACAGAUAAAGUCGCAGUGACAGCAAAAAAUGAAAUUGAUACCAAUUUACGUAAUAAUGCAACAAAGUCAAUAUCAUCUGCAGUAAGUGAUAAUGCAGGCUCCUCCGGUUCGUUAACUCAUGUUCGCAACACGUUUCAGAUAAAAAAUAUGACUACUGAUAAAAAUAUAACGAUUGAUGCAGAAAAUUCUGCUAAUUUUGAUAAAUUUAGUCAAAUAGAUCAUCCAGAAACUUCGAUAGUAAAUAACGGCAAAUUAAUCAAACCAAUCAACGAUAGUCAUAGGACAGAAAACUCUCUAUUGGUCGAUCAACAGAACAGUACAGAAAUACCUAAUAAUAAUAUUAUUGCAAAAAAUGAAGUUAAUGAUCUUGAUCAACAUAAUAUAAUAGAUAUUGGUAUUCCUAAUUCAAUCCAAGAAAGCCAUGACGUCACACUUAUCAAUAGUCAAAUUAACGACACAAAAUUUACUCAAAAUCCAAGGGAAGCCAAUUUGAUUUCAACAGAAUCUAGCAUAACGACUAAACAGGAACUGAAUAGAGUAAUUGAUAAUGUUAGCGAUAUUUAUGAUUCUGAAAAACAUAAGUCAACUUUAAAUGUCACAAAUGUUUAUGCAAAUUCUGGUGCGAAUUCACGUACCAAUAAUUCUUCAAUAGCAUCGAAAAAUUUAAACGAAACUGUCCAAACUACAAUUGCAUAUAAUACAGAAAUUCCUAGUUAUUUUAAUCAAGCAUACACAAUGCCAACGCUUUUUACUGAAAAUGUAGAUGAACAUAAAACUGUAAAACCGAUCGAUGGCAACAUAGAAAACAUCACUGUUCAGAAUAAUUACCUGAUUCCGUACGACGUUAAUACAGAAAAAAUUCAAAGUACAAGUGAUUUUAAUAAAAUACUUGAAAAAUCUGACGUUAAUAAAACAAAUGCCAUUGGUCUUGUAAAUUCAAUUGAUAAUAAUGUACGUAUGGAAAAUUCUCACUUACUACUUAGAGCGGAAACUACAUCUGGAUUGCAGAAUGAUGAAAAAAAUAUCACCACAUCUGAAAAACAAGAUGUUAAUGAUAUUGCAUCUGAAUUUAUUACGACUUCUUAUCUUUACGAAUCAACUACACCGUUCAAUAACAAUGAUGAAGUAAAAUUUUCCCGUAAUAGAACUACAUACAAUGGCAAAAUAGAAAAUAUCCCAUUCAAUUAUUCAGAUAGUAAUCAAAACGUUAAUUUCACAGACAUGUCUGUGAGUCAAACAAUUCCAAUUAAAAAUAUUACAAGAAAAUCAAGUAACUUAAAUUUCAACGAUAGUACGGCUGGAAAUAUCGAUCAAUUGAUUAAAAAUCAAUCUAAAAAAAUUACGCAAAUAAAUCCGUCUACAAAUAAUAAUAGUUACAACGAGGUAACUACUCCAUAUAGUUCUCCAAUUAUAGGAGAAGAUUUUAUGGACCAAAUUGUAAUAAAUGAUACAAUAAAAGUGUUACCUAAUAAGACAUCCGCAAUUGAUUCAACUAGCUACGCCAAUGGUGAAAUUACAACCAAUUUAACAAAAAAUUUAGAUAAUAGUUAUCUUUCCGUUGCAACAACUAGUAGUUUAAAUAUUAGCUCUGACAAAGAUUUUGGCACAGAAUUAAAAGUAGAAAAGACAGUGAACGAUAAUAAAAUAACUAGUUCAACUGUUUCAACACUUACAGUAGAUUCACAAAUAUUACAUUCAAACUUGAAUGAAACGAUUCCACGUAAAAUCAGAAAUGGAAAGAAUACAACCAAUACUAUCAGUGAAGAAAAAAAUAUUAGCACAACACUUAUACCAGAUAACAAAAUUAAUUCAACCGUGUGCACGGAUGUGAAAGGCGCUGUUGUAGACUGUGAAUCCUUGAUCCUACCAACAUCAGGAAGUAGUACAAAAACAAACGUUAACAUUGAAAAUAAAAAACCUACAAUGAAUUUAUGGCCUGGAGUUCCGCAUGCAUGUCUUUCACUAUUCUUAGCAUCAGAUGGGAAUGUGUUGAAAGAAAUUCCUUCAACAGUUAAUAUAGCAGAUGCUCAAACUCGGAAUUUGUGUUUGUCUAUAGCUAAAACUGUAAUUCAAUUGAAUUCCCUAUCUAGCAUGAAGUGA